AUGGCACAUCAACUCAGCAUCAACUUGAAUCUCCUUCAACCGCCGGUAUGUGGCAUGAAAUUAGAUGCACAGCGGUUCCCCGGGGGAUUAGGACAGACGCCUGUCAUGCCAUGUCUCGUGGCGAAAGGGGAAGCUGCGGAUGGCAUUGCCCAACAAAGUGUACCUUGGGACAGGUAUGAGUGUGCCCUCGAGCUAUACGACGAGGAAGGGUUAGUUCGACUUCAAGACGAUCUGUUUUUUGGAUUGCACCCGGUCAGCUACCGAUUGAUCCCCUCCAUGGAGGAUCAAAGCCAACUUGAUGUGCUCUUCAUCUUCAAUGAAAUCAUAAUUCGACAGACUGGAUUCUAUCGGAUACGCGUCAUCCUAUACGAAAUUGGUCGACGACGAGUGAUUUCGAGCGUCAUGACGGACCGAUUUGAGAUUGUGGAGUUUGACCAGUUUCCUAGAGGGGCAAAUGAUGCUCUUUUAACGCCAUUUAGCCGGCACUUGAGAAACCACGGCGUCGUACUACACUUGCCUCCAGAGACUGACAGCAUCGACUGGGACGAAUACCCGACAAUCAACGGUGUUUUGUAG